AGCACCAUCCUGCCCUCUUUGUUCCCAGAAGUCCUUACACAGGACGUGGGAGGGGGUGCAGGGGGAGUCCAGAGGGACAGCAUCUGGAUGUGGUGGCCCUCCAGCUGCCCUGCAAACCCUGUGAGUGGCAACAGGAGAAGAAACCCUGGGGAGGUGCUCACGGAGUGUUUCUCUUGUUAGGGGAGCGGCCCAGCCCACUUCAGUAGGGGGAGCACCAGGCCGUCACGAGGUGCCUGUCCCCUGAGUUCCCUGCUGCCCCUGGGCCUGGCCCAAUGCAGGGGGACGGAUCCUGCACAGCUGCUCCCUGGGGUCUCAACCAACAAACUCCCCCGUCUCCACUCAUGGAGCCAUUUACACAACGAAGCACUCUGGGCCGUGUGACAGGCGCUGGGGAAAUAGCGGUGAUCAAGGAACGGCCCAGCUGUGAGGCGGCACACAGCCUAGCUCGGCCCGAGCUGUCGGGCAGAUACUCGGGUUCCCGGGGGUCCACACGAGCACCGCCCAGGGACACCCCCGGUAACGAGGCAGCCCCACGGCCAGCAGCGCCCGGCCAUGCGGACACGACGCCAAGGAUGGGCCAAGGGGCGAGCUGGAGUCCGCCGCGCGGGCAAAGCAGGAGGAGCCGCACGUUGUUGAAAAUAGGACAGCUAUCCUUCGAGAUCCUUCCCAACCCCAGGAGCCCCGAACCAGGUGACCUGCUGUUUCUCGCAGCAGAUGACGUCACGUUCCCUUGGUGCAGUGUAAGCAGAGUCAUCCGGACCCACCCUCUGUCCUCUGUCCCCACAAGGACAGUCCCUUCCGUGCACCCAGGGCUCUCUGCUGACAUCUACCGCAUCACUCACCUGCUGGAUGGAGACGACGGCGUGAACCUAAGCGUGUCCCUUAUUUACCAACACCGCUUCAACGGUGACUAUGAACAGCUGUAAAAACACUCGUUCUUU